AUGUCCUCAACAGAUGAAUGCGUCGACGUGUCGCCGGAAUGCCCGGUCCAAGCCUCAAUCUAUGGUUAUUAUCCUAACCUAGGAGCCAAUGCAUUCUUUCUUGCCUUCUUCGCCCUCUGCCUCCUCCUCAACUUGGGGCUUGGGAUUCGCUACAAAACUUGGACUUACAUGGUGGCAUUGUGCUUGGGAUGCUUAACGGAGCUCAUUGGCUACGUCGGAAGACUUAUCAUGCGCGGCAACCCGUUCGCGGAUUCUGGCUUCAUUACCCAGAUUUGCUGCUUGAUCAUCGCGCCUGCUUUCAACUCUGCCGCCAUAUACUUGACACUCAAGCAUAUCACUCUAUGCUUCGGUGCAGAGUUUUCGAUCCUCAAGCCGCGCUUCUACACCUACAUUUUCAUCGUCGCCGACGUGGUCUCCCUGGUCCUCCAGGCGAUCGGUGGAGCCCUCGCCUCUACCGCCGAUGAUGAUCAAGACCAAGAAGACCUGGGUGACCACCUCAUGAUGGCCGGUAUCGCGUGGCAGGUGGCUUCACUCUUCUUCUUCGCAGCCAUGGCCAGCUACUACAUUUUCCGGAGACGGAAGGCACUCCCGCAACAUCCUUUGUCGCCCGAGGCGGCAGCCACGCUUGGAGACAGAAAGUUUCGACUCUUCGCGCUCGGUGUCAUCACUGCCUGGGCAGCGAUCUUCAUUCGAUGCAUAUAUCGAAUCGUUGAGAUGGCUGGUGGUUGGGGCAAUACUAUCAUGCGUAAUGAGAUUGGCUUUAUAAUUCUUGAAGGAGUUAUGUUGGUGUGGGCGACUCUUGUCCAAACCGCCUUCCACCCAGGCUAUUGCUUCCCUCGUCUUUCCUCCAAGUGGUCGGCAGAUGAGGCUACGAUACCCGAGAAGACUUCCCGAGACGUUUCCAUGGAGAACCUCACGACCUCGCGCGAGGUUGCUUAG